AUGAUCAGCAAGUUACUUUUGAAUCUAAUGAUGCUGCAGAGUAUUCUUGCAAGAAUGAAUGUGGAAGACAUAAAGAUAGUCAGUGAGACUUUGGUUGGUGAGAAGCAGGAUGUAGUUAUUAACCCGAAAGGGCCAUUGAAUCUGCUGCGUGGAUAUAUUGGACACCAAAGCGGAUACAUGUAUAACAAGCGGUUUUAUUCCCCUGAAAUAGAUACAGACUAUGCAUUGACUAAGAAGGGACUAUCCAAUAGAAAAGAACAGAUUUAUAAAUUUACAAGAAUGCCAGUUGAUGACAGCGUACACAAAGACUUGGACACAAAAACCCCUGAAGGCAAGUAUCUUAGCUCUUAUCAUGCACAGCUGAUAAAGAUGUUUCCGUCUGCUGCUUGGGACCUCUCCAUUGAAGCAGGAAGGUCGAAUGCAUUUACAAACUUCCUAAGAGCAGAUCAUGUUAAGAAAGACACAAAGUACAUUCUUGCAGCACUUCUUCUUCUUUCAGAGGGUGUUGACGUUAAAAUAGCAGUAGACUACAAAGGAGAGAAAAAUAAUCUUGUCAUAAAAAGUAAGACAUGCAAGGAAAAAGUAUUUGUGGAUGUAGAAAUGCAUAUGGAAGGCAUAGAUCCAUUUACUAGGAAGUACAAAAAGGAUAUCUACCAAAGUGAGGCAGCUGGAAUUGUCAAGUUCUAUAUGCAGUGCAGAGACAAUCCGCUGCUAAAGAAAGGGCGCAAGUUUGUAAUGCCAACCACUAGAGAAGAGUUUAAGAGCGGAAAGUUUCUGAACAGUGCAGCCUUCCUUAUACAGACAUACAUCUACGAGUUUAUUAAUACUGCAGAGGACUACAAGGACUUUGUGGAUGCGGUGCAUGAAUUGCUGAUUGAUCAAGUAGUUGAAAAGGAGAACCCAGAGCAGACUAAGAAGAAAGGCAAGAAGAGCAAGAAGGGCAGAAUAUUCGAUGAGCUUUUCGUUGCAAAAGAAGAACUUAGCGAAAACAAAAAGUACAUUGAAUCAUUUUGUGGCCUUGUUCAGGCUAAAAAUGAAAAUGCUAAAUUUCCCUUCUACAGUGAUAGUCAGCUGCCACGGUAUACUAGAGUCCCGCGGUGUAAACUAGACAAGUCUGGCUUUGAGAAAGGCCAAGCAUUCUACUACAGUAACUGUGUAGAGACCGCUCUGCUUGGAUUAUUUUGCUGUCUAGCAUACAAUCCAGAGACAGGAAAGUAUGAGACAGACCACAUGGGAACAGAAGUAAGCAAUGAGUUGAGAGACUUCUUUGGAGACUAUCCUAAGCCAAAAGAGGCAACAAGCUUUGAAAUGCACAUGCAAUGGAGCAGAGUUGUUGCGUGCUUAAAGAAUGACAGGAUUGACUACAGGCGGAGUAAAAAUGAACUUCUCUCUGGGGUUGGAAAUAUACUUCUUGCUAUUUCAGAAAUAACAGGACAGAAGAAAGAAAUAUUAGAGCUAGUUGAGAGUAUAGAAGCUGCAUGUAAAGCAGGAAAAUUAAGUUAUAAGCAGGAAGUUUAUAUUGCAGAUAAGAUAGAGUCGAUUAUUAAGUCUUUGUCACUAAAUAAAAGUGUAGGAGUACAUUGCAACCGAAUGCGGCUUGGGGAAAGGUCAAGCGAAAAUACAGAUAUUUUAGCUAAAAUUAACAUUACAUACACUUUCAAUAGAGCAUGUAAUGGGAUUUCUUUGGAUAUAAGCCAAGGGCACACAACUCUUACUCUCCUUCCAUCAACAGGAAAUAGCUCUGCAGAAAUUAAAGAAAAGUAUGAAGAAGUAAAAAACACUUACAGUGAUGUAGACUGCUAUGUAGGAUACAUUGUGGAUCAGUACGUUAGCGUAGAGCUAGAUUCUUUAAGCUCUAAGAAAACAAACUUUCCAAAGAAUCUUAAGAAAAUCUUAGUCCCGAUUGUACAGGAAGGAUCUGAAGGCAUAUAUAAAAUAUUCUUAUUAGGAAAGCUUGUUUCCAAUGAGAUUAAAGGCCUUAUUAUAAACAGCUUUAUAGACAGUACGAUAGAUAAGGAGGUAGGCCCAGAAAACCCUUUAACACGUUUUACUGCAAACAUUUUAGGAAGUGUUCCGCUCAAUGACCCUAGCACAAGAUAUACAAUGCUAAAACACUUCCCCCUUCAUGCAAGCUGGCAGAAAUUCUAUCCAAAGCUUGGAUUUAAGCCAUCAGAGAAUAUCCCAAAAGAAGAUGCUAUUUGGGAGAACAUACUAACAGAAGAGAUAUACAAUACUCUACUAGAUCUUCCAGCGCCUGCAGCAUUAAAAGCCACAUGCAACUAUACUAGAGCAACUGCGAAUAAUACAAUGAUGGAAUAUUCAGCAGUAUGUUGUAUAAACCGAACGCGUCUAUUUGAACAUAUUGUAUCUAAGGAGGGAAUAGAUGGCUUAGUGAAAAUUCAAUCCAUUCUCAAAGAAACUACGGAAGGCUACAAUUUAAACUAUGUAUAUCUUCUUUGGUUUAUCCAUGUAAGUUCGGGUGUUGGUGGGUUCUCAUUAGAAUCAAUUAAGAUAGUUUACGACUUUAUACUCUUUGGUAAUUAUCCAAGCACACUUAUGUUUGAAGAAGAAGUGUUAGAACCUUUAGAGUAUUUUGAAAAGAGUCUAAAUGUUUUAAAAAAAAAUAAGACUCUUUUCUGCUUAAAAGAUGACUACAUAAGUACAAAGAAAUAUAAUGGGUUAGUGUCACAUUUGAAGAAGUUCAUUAAAACAAAGAAUAUAGGGUGUUUUUCCAUGUUCUAG